AUGGCCUCCGAUGCCCCCUCCGCCUCGCAUGCCGAGCUCUACGACUCUACCAUGACCGUCCCCUCCGACUCAGAGAACUACUCCGCAAACCACGAGAUGUCGUCCUCGGCCCCAUCAACCUCAAGCUCACCUAUGAUUCUGUACAAGCCUCCGAGUGUAUGGGGUCUUUUGCGCGGAGCGGCCAUCAACCUUUUCCUGCCUUUCGUCAACGGCCUGAUGCUCGGCUUCGGCGAGCUGUUCGCGCACGAGGCUGCUUUCCGACUCGGCUGGUCUAAUACAAAGAUCUUCCCUAAUUACCGCCGCGCACACGCUGUUGGCCCUGGAAUGGAGAUGCGGGAGCUUCCUUCAGAGCGGAGACGUCCUGGGCUGAGGGAUACUGCUGCUCUGGAAUAA